AGGGUACAAUUAAACAAAAACCCAAAAAGAAAACAAAUUUAACAAUUAUGUGAUAAACAAGGUGGCGCCAAAACUCCAACUCAGAUCAGAUCUUCAUUUUCCGGCAGACAAUAACACUAAAAAGAAGAGGAAAAAAUGCAAAAAACAGCGCAGUCAUGGUUCACCGGCGGUCCAAGCGGCUCUUCCUCAUUUAACGAUCAACAGGAGCCGAGAUCUUUGCUCGCCGAUUGGAAUGCUUACGCUACUUCUCAAGACUCUGAUGCUUCCGGUCUAGGGUUUGAUCUUGAAGCCGCUGUUCGUACCACCAGUGAUAAAGUUUCGGACACUUUUAACGUGGUUUCGAAGGGAGUGAGUGGAAGCUUUCAGUCUGCUACUACUACUGUUCCUUCGGGAAAAUCUCUCUCGUAUUUUGGCGUUCUCCUUGCUGCUGGGGUGUUCUUUAUCUUUAUUGCGUUCACCAUGUUCCUCCCUGUAAUGGUGUUGGUUCCGCAGAAAUUUGCUAUAUGCUUUACUAUAGGUUGCACCUUCAUCAUGGGUUCCUUCUUCGCACUUAAAGGCCCUAGGAAUCAACUUGCACACAUGUCUACUAAAGAGAGGCUUCCUUUUACGUUGGGAUUCAUUGGUACCAUGGUUGGAACUGUAUAUGUUUCUAUGUUCCUUCACAGUUAUGUUCUUUCCGUGCUCUUUUCCGUUUUACAGGUACUUGCUCUGUCAUACUAUGUUAUCUCAUAUUUCCCCGGAGGAUCUGCAGGGCUCAAGUUCCUUUCUUCGACAUUGACAUCUUCAAUACUUAGAUGUUUUGGAAGAUGAUGUAAAUAUAGAUUUCUUUUUCUAAUUUUUUUUUUAUCAUCCAUAUGAUUGUUUUUGUUUUUCUCUAAUAUAGGAAUAUUCAUUGUAACACAAUUCAUGGGAUUGACAUUACCACAUCUUUUUGAAUCCGCUGAAAAUAAUAUUGUUUAAAUUUGUAUUA